UGCAGCUGUGAUGGUCUGGGUGUCCACUAGGUGGGGCACUAAGGAGCUGGGGCCUUCAGACCAGCUGCAGAGGGAGGGUCUUCGGCAGUAAAGUUACCCAGCAGAGGGGUAGGAAAAGAGGAGAGGGCUGAAGAGAGCAUUACUGGGGCAGUACUGAGGCACAGGAUGCUUCCAUUCUUGAUCUCCGAGCGGUUCUGGAGGGAACAGCAGAAAGGAGCGCAGUUAAGGACUCUGGAAUAGUUACCUGUAUCCUCAAUUUGUGGGGUGGGAGCUUGUCAGUAAAAGCUCACAUUCAGAGCAGGGAGAAUGAAUAUAUGGAAUCAAAACCAGGUGAGUUAAAGAGAUCCUGGGGAAUGUGGGGCUAGGAGGGGGCUCACAUUCUCUGUGAUGUAUUUCCUGUGCCCAUCAGCAAACUGAAGGGCAUAGUGCUCCGGAUGAGUCAGGCUCCACCUGUAGAGCAGGAAACUGCCAGGAACAUCCAGGGGCGCCUCUUCCACCUGCCCCUCCCCCACUUUGCCCAGGCUUGCCGCACUUACGUGUCACACACCUCCUUCAGAACAGUGGCCAGGGGCUUUGCCUGCAAGUGGAAUUGUCACACAAGUUCUUUGCAGCUACUCCAACACUUGGGGGUCAUCCUUCAAACCAGCUUGAGGCUAAGUCAGCUUUAUGUGUGCAUAUGUGUUUCCUGAGCACUUAGAAGUCCAAGGUAUGCUGGUCAAGACUUGGUGAUCACGGGGAGUCCACGGCUGCCCCCACCCAACAGGAAGUAGCGCCCAGCUCUCCCCACCUCAGUGCAGUUGCUUUUCCUGUUGGGAAUAAAGUGCCAGAGACUCAACUUCCUUCCUUUCUGCUUUGAAGAGGGAGGGGCCUUGAGGGGAAGAAGGGGCUUCUGGGCUGUGAAGUGGGAAAGAGGUUUCCUUGGGGAGAGGAAUUUGGCUGGUGGUGCCAAAGGAGCUAGAGUCCCUCAGGUCCCGUGAGCAGUGAGGGUGUGCCCAGUUCUGCAGGAGAGAGAAGGCUAUUCUCAAGGCCAAGGCCACUUGCAGAGGAGGGAGAACUGGACACCGGUCAGAUCUGGUAAGUUCUGUACCAAACUGUCUGGGGCGUUACAGAGCAGGAAGGGGGACUUACAGUUAUGCUGAUUCGCAGCCUUUCACUCGGCAUCAAAAGAGGUAGAACCCAUAACCCCAGAGGACCCCAUAUCCCAGGUAUCCCUUCUAGCUUAUGUCCCUCUCUCUUACUUCCUGAAGGGGCUCUGCAGGAACCUUGCUCCUCUUUCUUGGUAGAGCCAAAGGAACAUCCACUCUGCCUGAGCUACUGCAGGCUCUCGCCCCCACUCCUACCAUAUCUGCAGCUUCCUGAGGCACACCAUGGACUCAGCAGCCAAGGACAAAAUACAACCCAGACUUCUUCCCGGCUCUUCCUGCCCAAGGCCUGAGUGGCCAGAGCAGGAGAGGGCUGAACAGCUGGCUCGGGGAGCGGCGCUCAAGUGGGCUUCAGGCAUCUUCUACAGGCCAGAGCAGCUGACCAGGCUGGGCCAGUACCGAAGCCGUGAAGUACAGCGUAACUAUUCCUUGGAAGCGCGAAUUAAGUCAGCGGUGCAGUCAUACCUGGAAGGUGUGCAGACUGGUGUGUGGCAGCUGACUCAAGCCCUUGAGGCUGUGCAGGGAACACGAGAAGCCCUGAGACAGGCCCAUCACUUACUCCAGGGUUUGUCUCAGACCUCACAAACCCUGGAACCCAUGAGGGAAUGUGUUGUCCAGCACAAACAACUCCAGAUCCUGACUCAGUUGUUGCCAAGAUUACAAGCAGUACCAGCUGCAGUGGCCCACACACAGACCCUGAUAGAUGCUCAGCGAUUCUUGGAGGCAUAUGUGAACCUGCGGGAGCUAGAGCAGCUGCAGGAGGAGACAUGGACACCCUUAGGAGGACUGGAGUUGCCAAUCUUCCAGGAGCUUGGCCUUCUGGCUGAGGCUCUGGGCCAAGCCGUGGAGGCGGCUGCAGGAGCUGCAGGGCGGCUGGCCCGUGAAGAUCCAACCCUACUGGUAGCUGCUAUUCGGGUGGCAGAGGUGGAGACUGAGCGCACAAUCCUGGGACAGGCACCCCGAGACUGGCGGCAGCGAUGUCUUCGGGCACUACAGGAAGGCCUGGAGCAGCUCCAUUUUGCAUCGCCUGUGCUUCCUGAGCCAGGGGCCCUGUCAGGGUGGCUUGCGGCUCUGCAGGUAGCCUUGCCUGCUGAGUUGGCCACAGCUGAAGCACUGGUGGCACCCUGCUGCCCACCAAGCUACCACGUGGUUCGGCUAUGGGCCCACACCCUGCACAGUGGCCUGCGCCGUAGCUUGCAGCAACUCCUUUCUGGGCCUGAGCUAGGAGCUGCUGACACCUUUGCCUUGCUGCACUGGGCGUUGCAUGUGUACAUGGGGAAGGAAAUGAUGGGGAACUUGGAACUGGGGCCUGAGGCCGAUGUGUCCCAGCUAGAGCCCCUCUUGACCUCAGAGAACAUUGAGCAGCUGGAGGCAGCAUUUGUGGCUCAUGUCCAGGUAAGUGUGGCUCAGUGGCUAAAGAAGGCACUAGAUGGGGAGGUUGCCGAAUGGAGCCGGGGACAGGAGCCCGCCACAGAUCCAUCCGGUUUCUACCACUCACCAAUGCCAGCCAUUGUACUGCAGAUCCUGGCUGAAAACAUUCAAGUAACCAGUCUGAUUAGUGACUCAUUGCAUCGGCGGGUGCAUGACAUGGCAGUGUCAGAAUUGGGUGCAUUCUUGAGAAGUUUCAGUGACGCUCUGAUCCGAUUUUCCCGAGACCAUCUAAGGGGAGAAGCCGUGGCCCCUCACUAUGUGCCCUACCUACUGGCUGCCUUCAACCACCAAUCAGCAUUGAGAUCUUCAGUCUCGGUCCUGCUGCCCGACGGGGAAACUUCCGGGGUCUUAGCUCCAGUCGAAGCCGCUCUGGACGACGUAGAGAGGAGGAUCUGCCGCCUGGUUUUGGAAGUACUGCAGGCUGAGCUCCAGCCCCUGUUCGCCGCUCUGCCCUCGCGCCGAUGGCUAUUGAGUUCCGAGUUGCUGGACAGUGUGUAUGAGCAGACAUUGCACUUCUGCAAGGACUUCUGGCGCGUCCGGAAGCCUGCUGUUCAGCUGCUGCUGACGGAGACGGAACGAACCGUGGUGUUGCAUUACCUCAGGGCGCUGAUGCAGGGCCGCCUAGUGUGCCGCGGGGCGGACGAGCGGAGCCAGGCGGCUGAGCGCCUUCAGCACGAUGCUGCUCAGCUUAAAGAGCUUUUCCUUGGUUUGGGCCUGGAGGAGAGCGCUCACUGCGCGCCCGUCCUGCUCGCGCUGAGGGAACUGCUCAACCUCCACGACCCCACACUGCUCGGCCUCGAGGUGGCAGGCCUGAGGCAGCAAUUUCCCGACGUGAGCGAGGAUCAUGUCUCUGCCCUCUUGGACCUGCGCGGAGACGUGUCCCGAGAGCAUCGUCAGGCAGCACUCAGUUCGCUGCAGGCCGGUCCACCGCCUUCGCCUUCCACCGGCCGCCGGGCACUCUUCAGCCUGGUACCGACGCCUACGCCCUCUCUGUCCUCCUGCCUCCCCUCGGGUCCCUGCUCCUGACACCCAUCUGUUUGUGUAAUAAAGCCACGUUUACCGCA